AUGCGAAAUAAUCCUAGUUCGAGCCAUCUCACAUUCGAGGAUGCUCUGGACAAUAUCAAAAUUACAAACGAUCGCACUGGAGGAAUUAUCCUCCCGGAGCUUUGGCCUGAUUUUAUCAAACCACAAGUUAGGGUUGCAGCAGAAUUUAACGAACCUUUCCUUUGCCCGCCAUGGUUUCCAAAAAUCGACGCUGAAAUCAAGAGGGAAGAAGACGAUGUCGAGAUGAUGGAAGCUGGAGUGAUCACAUGCUCUCUCGAACCGAAAAUUGGAGGAUAUGUCGAAACCGCAGACUGGAGGCAACCAACCCGACUAUUAGGACCACCACCUUCGAAGACAGACGACAUCGAGCCUUUUAUUUUCUUACCGACUUCUACAAGCACCGUUCCCGCAUCAUCUUUUACUUUUACAUCAACAAGCCCAAAUUCUUGGCCGUCAAUGGAACCCGAAAAGCCUCGCCUACGGCUUCGUGCUGGUAUGAAUGGAAUUCCUGUGGUCUCUGAUGUAUUCGCUGAGACUCUAUUAGCACGCCGCAGCAUGUCUCAAGAACCCACUGUGGAAUCUAUGGUUGAAGGAAGUGCAUCACCACCUUCAGUUCGUUUCAGGAACCCAUUCCCUCAGUCAGCUGUAUCUGCCUCGUCUCCUAGUGCACCAACUAUUUUCCCACAACGAUUCGCACCUGUCAGACACAUUCCAGCUUCCGAUUCAAAUUCAAGAACCCCCACACAAAGCCCCGAGUGUAGCAGCCGGCCCGUUAGGGAUGCAAAUCCCAGACCUGCAAAAAGAAAGCGUGAUGAUGAUGGAAUAGGCUCAUCGCCAAUGGAUGCAUGCAUGGAGCCUCCCCGCAAAUCAAGGUCCCCAUUCCACUCUUCCGGCUCGAAUGGCGGCAUCUCAAGAGCACAGUCCCUAGAAACCGAGUCGUCUAAUCAGGCUAGAAGGGUGUCUAACCCAGUCCCUAGACCAAGGACAAGUGACACUGCCUCAACCACAACUAUGGUCAUUCAUAGGAAACUUUUAUUGCUGGAUUCAAUCGGUGCAGGAGAAAUGGUAAAGAUUGUUGAAACUAAAGACGGUGAUCUGAUUGUGAUCCGAGAUGAUGAAGAGCCAGAAGAACUUAUGGCACGGCGGGAAUCUAACGCUAGCAUGGCCUCGACAUCCAAACUGAAGGAAAAAGAAAUCGGGACUACAAAGACAGGAAAAAAGCGAGGUCAUGGUGAAGCCAAUACCGAAGAGUUGGUUCGAAUAUGGUCUGGGGGUGGUCCAGAGCCACCAGCUAAGCGAGCAAAACCAAAGCAGUACGACAAGCUUACUGUCGAGCAAAGAGUCAAAAUCAAUAAAUUUGUCAAAGAACAACAUAUCAUUCGUAUCGAUCACUUCACAAAUCCAGUCAUCCAGGAAUGGAAAGCACGAUGCAUUCCUGAAGCCGACGCGAAACAAACCGAGGAAUACCUCGAAGAAAUCGCUUCAAAUACAUACAAAGAAUCAAGCGACAAGAAAGAGGCAUAUCGUCUAUUUAUGGAACAUCAUAACCAUAGCCACAAGAGUUCCGGCGCACGUUCUAGCAUUAGCACUAAGGCAUGA